AUGUCGCUACUCCAACCCUUGAAGCGCACAGGCGCAGCCUUCAUCGCUGCAGUUGGCCGCUUGGACAAGUCGCUCAAUCCAAACGAUACCAUCAACCGCCUCCGCCAGCGCGGUAUCUCAGCCGCGGACAUAUACUAUCUCCCACCAAUUGCCCUCUCCUUGUUCUGGGUAUACAUUCUGGAUGGAUUCCCGGUCAAGCUCAUAAUACCCAUAAUCUACAUACUCGCCCUCCUGGUCCCCCUCACCUCGCAAUUCUUCGUCCCGGCGGGGCCGAUCUUCCUAUACCUCCUCAGCUUCUUCGCGUCAAAAUAUAUCCCCCUGGAGUACCGGCCCAAACCCUCGGUCGUGCUUCUGCCGACAUUGGAGUCCGUGUUGUACGGUGCGAACGUCUCAGACAUCCUCACGCGCUUCACCCACCCCAUCCUCGACCUUCUCGCCUGGAUCCCAUACGGCGUUGGGCACUAUGUUGUUCCCUUCGUAGUCGCAGCCUUCCUCUGGCUCUUCCGCCAGAAGGAGGUGCUGCAUUUCUGGGGAAGGGCAUUCGGGUACAUGAACCUCACCGGAGUCCUCAUCCAACUCGUCUUCCCAUGUGCCGCGCCCUGGUAUGAGCUCAUCUACGGCCUCACCCCCGCCGACUACACCAUCCGCGGCUCCCCCGGCGGACUCGCGCGCAUCGACCGCCUCUUCGGCUCGAACACCUACACCUCCGCCUUCUCCAACUCGCCCCUCGUCUUCGGCGCCUUCCCCUCCCUCCACGCCGCGGCCGCCACCAUGGAGGCCCUCUUCAUCUCCCACUUCUUCCCGUGGACGACCAAGUGGGUCUUCGGCUACGCCGCGAUCCUGUACUGGGCGACGAUGUACCUCACCCACCACUACCUCGUCGACGUCGUCGGCGGCUCCUGCCUUGCCGUCGCCUUCUUCUACCUCCUCCUCCCCGACACCCUCAAGCCCGUCGCGGCCGCGACCGCGCCCCCGGGCGGCGCCGGCGCCGGCGCGUUCCGCUCCAAGUACGCGCUCUACGACCUCGAAGAGCCCCGCGGCCGCGACCGCAGCGCGCGCGGCGGCAGCGGCGGCGCGAUCAUGCGCGACGUCGAGGCGUACGGCCUCGACGAGCUCUCGGAUCGCGAGAGCGACGUCGACGAGGUCGACAUCACGUACCGCUCCCCCGUCCCGCCCACCGACGUCCCACAUUCGGCCGUCCCGCUCAUCGGUGGCGGCGAACGGGGUGGCGCGGCGUCCCCGACGAAGAAGAGUCAUCGGCACACGGCAAGCAUCGCUAGCCUCAUUCGGGCGGAGGAGCGUGGGGAGGAGGGAUGGAGCCCGAUUGGGGGGUCAUUUGCGUUCCCCCCGACGCCAACACGAGCGCAGGCACCAGAGGACGGACGGGCACGGGCGUAG